AUGAGCGGCAUUCAUCGGUUCCUCACUCGCCGCGAUCGCCGCAGUCGAUCACGACAGAGUAAAGAUAAGGAAGAGAAACCCAAUAUUCUUACACUACCGCUAUUUCGAGGCUUCUUCACGCCCCAGACGACUACAGAGAACGAUCAAGAACACCAGAAGAAGAUCAAGACAGUCGAGAAUUUUUUCAGAUCGAAAGGGAUAACAUCUUUGCAGGAGGAACAUUUCAGCUAUGCUCUCACUCGUACCCAAGAGGAUGUGGACGAAGCGAUCAGCCUGCUGCUCCUGUUGGAAGACUCCAUCGAGGGGAUCAUUGAAAACUACAAGCCCAACACUAAGCUCCUUGGCGCUGAGAAUCGGAACGGUGUUACAUGCUACCUCGAUGCGCUCCUUUUCUCCAUGUUUGCGCGGCUCGACUGCUUCGAAGCAAUUUUGUACAAAACCUUCGAUGAAUCGGAUCAACCUCGUCGGAAGCUCGCGAUUUUAUUGAGGUUCUGGGUGAAUUUGUUGCGAAGCGGGAAGCUCAUUACCACGGAUAUUACCAAACAUAUUCAAGAUGCGCUCGCGGAAUGCGGCUGGGAGGAUGCUGCUAAUCUCCGACAACAGGAUGCUUCCGAAGCAUUCACCUUCAUUACGGGGACGUUGGAGCUUCCGCUUCUUACCCUCAAGAUGGAUAUUUACCAUACGGGCAAGGAAGAUGCCAGUGACGACCAUAAAUUCAUCAACGAAAGACUGCUUGAGGUGGCCCUUCCACCAGAGCCUACCGAUGGAUCAACCCUCACCCUCGAAGAUUGCUUGGAAGCGUACUUUAACAACCGAAUCGAAGUAAAGCGACACAUGGAGCGACGGAAUACACUGGCCUCAACGCGCUCUGUGGAUUCCAUGUCUAUCUCAAAAGGCUUUGCAUCACAUGUCGAGGAGGUUGUUACCACACCAACAGUAUCUCCAGUGCAAUCAAACUCGCCCCAGGGAGAAAAGCCAAACCCGUGGUCGUCCGUCGAGCAAUCAACUGAGACCCUAGGGCCAAAUAGUAUUAGUCGACGAGGUAGCAUCGUCCGUGAACGAUUUAUUCCGGACCCCACCGAUGAAAAGGCCAACCAGCUAUCACCGGGCUCAGAUCCUCAGCAGCGAAGGGGCAUAUUCAGGAAGGAAGUGAUGAUGCCGGCUUGGCAAUUCUUCAGUCUUAUUCCAUGGUACACGGAAAAUACACCAAAGAAUGAUGCCCAAGUAGCAGCUCACUUCGCUUCCAAGCGGCCCAUACUGGGCAUUUGUUUGAAGCGAUAUUCAUUCACUCCAAAUGGAGUAGCUAUACGACGGAAUACAUACGUCGACAUACCUACUGAAAUUGGACUGCCGCACUUCAUCCAAGAUGACAACAUGGAUGCAGACGCGCCCAUUUAUGGGAAUUUCAAGCUGUCUCUCCAAGCCAUGGUUUGUCAUAGGGGUAAUUCUGUCGACUCAGGGCACUACAUUUCCAUUGUUCGGGGAACUAGUGCUAACCCUCCUGCACCUGACCCUGUGCCUAAUGGCAACAGCGAGUCUCCAAAGCACUGGAUGAGAUUCGAUGACCUAGCCUCUGAGCGAGUGACACUCAUCGACAUUGAGACGGCACUGAAGACCGAAUCGCCAUACCUCCUUUUCUACCAAAUCCUUCCUAUUGACCAAGAUGCCUCGCUAGCCAAUGCGCCUUCGUCACGCACAUCCAACUCCACUCUUGAUGGGGAUAUGGUCGAUAUCACCCAGAGACUUGGGGCCUUUUCAAACCAAACAAAUGGGACCACAAGUGACGUGCCUUCAAAUAGGCCUAGCGUUGAAAUCACUGGGCCCGACAAUCAAACUCUGUUGGCCUUGAAUUAUACUGGAAGAAGACCGUCCAGCGUCAUAUUUUCCGAGACAGCCCCGAGUGGCCCUCAAGCGCGGUCUAUGCCGUCGAUGUCCCCGAGGCUGGCACCAAUGGAGGAAGAAUCAACGAAGAACCCGUUCACCUUUUCUCGUCGCGGUUCUCGCCCUCACACCAAAAGCAACUCUGGGAGCCGUGCUGGGAGCCAGACUGGCGAGAAUAGAAUUGGGGUGACCAUCUCCCGUUUUACAGGGCGAUUGAGUAAAGAUAAAUUCACCAGUGAUGGUGAAGGCGAAGGCUAUGAUUCCUCAUUCGAGGCCGACGAUGGGGCUCCAGAUGAUAUGAAGCUGGGCCCAACUGCAUACGAGGGUAAAGAGAAGGGUGGACGAGGCCGAACGACGGACCGGACUUCGAGAGGCAAAAGCAAAGAUAAGUCGAAGGAGAAGGAUAAAGAGAAAGACAAAGAGAAGAGUCGAAAACCCGAAAGGGAGUGCAUUUUGAUGUGA